CAAACAGCAACAGCAACAAUAACAGAAUGAGAUGCAGAAACAGACAAGGCGGUGACAAGACACACUAAACGUGUUCAACGGCUCACUGCAAGUCAAUACUCGUCCAUCGUUCAUUAAUUGAUCUUUUUCACUAGACGUAUGCAACAACGAUCAUUGCAAACGGUUUCUCAAUUUUUAUUGUCAGAUGGCAACAUUGAAUCAAGGGAAUGCAAAAUCACAGAUGCUUGUCACGGCUCCGAAAACGAUGCCUGAUCUCUCAAUGUAUUCGUUUGAUAAUCUUUCUCCUGACAAUUUGGAUGCCAAACUGCAGAAGAUCCAAAUAAAGCAACGCAGUGCACAUUAGCAGCAUGCAACAGCAGACACUCAAACUGACUCAGCAAGACAAGAGCACAACCCACUUCGUCACUCACACUCGACUCAGUCGGCUCCAGUUUGACGGUUACAAGUUGAAUCGCAUUUGAAGUCUCAUCACAAUAGGCAGAGAAACACAAAACAUGAUACCACAAACAACACAAUGAAAUACCAAAACAGACUUGUGAACAACACAAGGAUCACCAUCAUCAUCAUCUAUCAACAUCUUCAAGCGUUCGAGGUCUGUCUCACUGUCGGAAUGUUUCGUCUUGCUCUUGGUUUGCUGGUUGUCAAGCAACAAGCAAAUCUGUAGUGGCAGCAACAUGUGACACCGUCAACACUGAUCACUCACUAACAUCUUCGGCUCGAAUGUCAGCGAAAAAGUCAAAGUUUGUGACUGUGAAGAAGGAAAUAUUUGAAGGAGAGAGACGGAAGGAUACGAAAUGUACAAGAUCAAAAUCAGGCCAUUUUCAUGAAAUUAGUGAACUCGAUGAUGAAAAGGAUGACGACGUGGAACUUUGUAUCUCAUGUGCUAGUGAGGUCGAGUCGAGGAUCGAAAUCAGUAAGAAAUACACGAAAGGAAAGAAGAAAGAGAAGAAAUCUUUGCAUGGGUUUCUGAGGCGACUGUUGGGUCAUAAGAGGAGGGAGAGAAAAAUGGACUUGGAUGAUGGUUUCUUAGUGUCUCUUGUUAAUCGUCAAGAGCAACUUCACUCGUCGAAAAAUUACAAUCAGUUGGGAGAGCAGCUGAGAAAGGUUGAGAAGAGACAGUCAAGACAUGAACAGAGAAGGAUCUCUUGUUGA